GAUUUGUGCAGUUAAAUCCCAGACAGCGCCGAUGAACAGCACUGAUCCACCAGAAACUCCUGCAGUGACUCCUGAAAAAGCAUCCAGUGUGCAGGUGGUGGCUGAACCAGACUACCCAGUGGCAGCAGGUCAGACUGUUACUCUGCGCUGCACCACUGUUAACAUGUUAGGGCCCACCACUUUGUUCUGGCAACACCUGACAAAUCAGACCUGGAAAGUCGUGGGCAACGGUAGCGAACUGACCCUCACUGAGCCACAACAAAGUGGGCAGUACCGCUGCUUUGCUGAGAGAGAGUUAAGUUGGAAGAUAUGGAGCCAAAACCAAAGAGUCUACAUUGUCUCCAUCCAAGCAACAGUGGGAGAGAACUUAGGAAAGGCUAGCUUCGCCCUUUCUCUUCUUGCCUGCGUUUUUUUCAUGGCCAUUAUUUUCUGGCUCACCUGCAAAAGUGUUGGUGGCACAACAACCACCACCAACGCAAUGGUUAAAGGUUUGCCUGGACCUCAAAUUGCAUCAAAGGCAGGAUUGCCACAGAAUGACAGUGACGGAGAUGUGUACAUGAAUUACACAAACAGUAACCCGGGGUACACAGAUCUGGAUCCCACCAGUGUGACUGCGGACAAUGUGUACUCAAGUUUGUCAUGAAUCAUGAGCUGAGAGAAGGUGAAGAUGUGCAAUAAAAAGUGGAAGAAUAACAAAUGACUCAUGCUGAGUGUAACCCAUAUGUAUAGCUCUGCAUUAGAUUUAAUCUGAUCGAUGAGGUUUGCCAUCAGUGUGUGAAUUUCCUUUGUUCGAUCUAAUCUGGUUUCACAAAUGUCAUGUAUCGCUAUCUGAAUGUAGUAAAAAGCCACAGCGGUGUACUUCUAAAUGUGUGAAGAUGUACCCACACUACUGUUUGACUAGAUGUCUGUCUGCUGUCUUCAUCUUUGCAGACUUGCAGAAGCUGACUUUUGAUUUAUCUGAAAGAUCAAAACAUAGCAACUUGACACAAAAUAACUUUAUUAAAACAGAAUGCUACAUGUAUAAACACAAAGCUAAUUUCCUUUUUUUUUAGCAUCAAAAAAACUAUACAAAAGAUAACAAAGCUGCUCCUCUGAAUAAAAAAAUACAUCAUAUCUGUUUUGCAACAACAAAUAAGCUCAAAGAAAACAUAAAAUACAGUGGAGUAUAUAUGCAGCAAAUAGCUGAAUAAUUAUGAGGACUGGUUUUCCUAGUUGCGUUGAAUCAUGGGUUUUUACCACGAGACGUAGAUGCAAUGUCACAAUAUGGGACGCCAGAGGGGAAACACAGCUCAAGCAUUAUUACUUGUGUUCCCUGGUGUCACAAUACCGGAAAUAACUUGCCCAAGCACAACUAUGAAGGAAAAAAA